CGAAUGAUCUCCAGUCGUCCAAAACAAAAUCCAUGCGUGCCUCCUGUUGGACAUUCGGGACCCUUGUCUGCCAGGCCCAGUUUCGACAUAUCUAGAGUUCUGAGUUCAUACCUUCCUGCUCCUGGCGCGUGCUCUGUUUCGCCAUUAAAGCCCCCUCCCUCGGCGCCUCUUUCCUUUACCCGUAGCCAUCCACCAGUGAAGCCUUCUGACACAGCCUCUCGAUGACGCUUCAUUGACAUCCUCCUCGUUGUUUCGACCCCUGGAAGCCAGAAAGCUAACUGGGUUUACUUCUGCCUGCCUGGUUUUCUCCGAGUCAUCUAGGCCGCCAUCUGCUAUUUAUGGCGGAUUGUCUGCAUCAUUCUCCGCUUGGCCCAGAUAUGUGCCUGUGCAGCGCACGCCGGGUUUCACUCUUCUCAACUUCCUCACAUAUCUAGCACGCUUUUCGACAGCCGUGGGAGACAAUAUAGCAUCGAGCACCUCUCUCCAAUACCAUGAAUCAGACCAUCACAGCCCCUUUGGCUCUCGAGGGGCCUGCCAAAACCCCCGCAAUACAACUCCCCGACGGCACAAUACAGCACUCUUCAUUCCUAUCUCCUAACCAACAAUCUGCGGCCUUUCGCAACGGUCAUGUUAAUCUAGACACAUUUUCCCCCGUCAACGAGAAUGGAAGCUUUGAAUUCGACCGAGUUCUCAAGUCGAAGAAGGUGUGCCGCCGGGUGAAGUUGAAACAUGUCUUUAGAGCCUUCUGGAAACCUGCUUAUCUCGUUCUCCGACCGAACUUGUUAUCAGUGUACAAGGAUGAAGAAGCAACAAGGCUACGAGCGUCCAUUACAUUAUCCGAGGUCACGGCCGUCGCUCCUAUUAAAUCCCCACGAUCGACCCGACAAUAUGUCUUCGGCAUUUUCACCCCUUCCAAAAACUACCGCUUUCAGGCAUCAUCGGACAAAGAUAUGGAAGACUGGAUUGAACGGAUCCGUGCUGAAACACGUAUCGAUGAGGAUGAGGAGGCUUUUCUUGCACUAUCUAAGCGACAGGGCGCUCCAUCACCCAACAGACAGCGCAUCUACGACACUACUGACCACUCGGAUAUUGAAACUCGAGGGAGGGCAAGUUCCCCUGAGUUUGGCCGGGAUCUAGCAUCAAAUCGUCGAUCUAGAAGACUCGCGUCCCCUCAUGAUUACUCGGCAAACGAUGUCACAUCGUACUCCGAAUGGUCAGAUGGGCCCGGCAGCAACACUAGUAUUCAUUUAAAAUCUAGACACUCCAUCCAAAACCUAUCUUCCUCUGCCCCAGCCAGCCAACAAUCCAACGGUAGAAAUCACGAUGCGGGAGUCCUACGUGAUCCGGAAAGAGUCAUGUGUAAUGGAUAUCUUCAAUGUUUGAAGAUCAAGGGAGGAGUACGUCACUGGAAACGCCUCUGGGUUGUGCUGCGUCCAAAGAGUCUAGCUUUUUAUAAAGAUGACCAGGAAUACUCUGCUAUUAGAAUUAUUCCAAUGUCACAAGUGCUGGAUGCUACAGAGGUUGAUCCUGUGUCUCGUUCCAAGAAGUUCUGUUUGCAAGUCAUCGCAGAAGAAAAGAUAUACCGACUCUGCACUCCUGACGAAGAGUCCCUAGCGAAGUGGCUUGGCUCCUUGAAAAGCAUUCUUGUCGCUCGCAAAAAAUUCGAACAUGCUCCAGGAUCAGGCACUAUACCCCGUGAAUAAUCAUACAAAUCCUCUUCCUCUUCCUCUCCCUCUCCCUCUCAUUCUAAUUCUUCUCCUUCCCUCUCCCUUAUUUCCUACCCAUUGUCCUUCUUCUAUACGCUUUCCCUCUGAUUGUCUCUCGAUAAGCGUCCCCUCCCUUAUCAACCGUGGACUGCUUCCAACUUACCGGUCUACUUGCUUUAUCGCUCAUUUUAUCUUAUUCUUUUGUUUUCCAAGUACCCAUACCCCAGCAUUAUUGACGAUACUAGCUUCUUUUAUAAUCUUUUGCUACCUCCAUAUACGAUUAAUACCAUUCUAUGAAUAAUAUUUACGUUGUGAUAGCGCUGACCUUGUACUAUUUGAUCUGGGAUCUAUUCUACUAUUCCAAGGGCAGAGUAAUUAUAUCAAUCUUUACUUGCUUAUACCUCCUCCUCCUCCUCCUCUUCUUCUAUAUAUGCUAGUAUAAAGUUCUUCUUACGGCUUGAAACUCGCUCAUGACCUGGUGUACCUGC